UACUCUGUCUUUCGGCAAGUCACCUCUCUCUCUCUCUCUCUCUCUCUCUCUCUCUCUCUCUCUCUCUCUCAUACGUUCUUUCUUCAUGUUUCUUUUUGUUGCUCAACCUCGAUUUUUCAUUUACAGAUCAUUCUGUGUACUCCAUUCCCGAUGUUUGUGCGAGUCCAAAAAUUAGACUAAACAUCAGACAUGCUCUCCAUAAAUUGAUUUCGUGCCCGGAACUUCAGGACUGCCUAGUUCAAUUUUGGGCACCCACAAGAACAUUGGAGGGGCGGACUUUGCUUACAACUCAAUUCCAACCUUUUGCUCUUGGUGAAUCGUACAACACGGAUGAGAGAAAAUGGCUUUGUGAAUAUAGGAUGGGGAUGUGUACGGAGUAUAACUCCUUCUACGCAGAUGCAGAGAGUGGAGAGGAACAACUUGGGCUUCCUGGCCGUGUCUUCCUCAAUAAACUCCCCGAAUACGCUCCGAAUGUGGAGCAUUACACUCUUAAAGAGUAUCCACAACGCGACCUUGCCUUACGUUGCGAGAUAUUGGAAUCCUGGGCUCUGCCAGUGUUUGAACAAUCCAGCCACACCUGUGUUGGGGUACUUGAGAUAGCGGAUAACCUUUCUUGGCAUGACAAAAAAUUCCUCGGCCACAUCCAUGAUAUUUUUCAGGAGUUUGGUCCGCGAUGUUUUGAUGGACAUAAACACUGCAAAAUUCAAGAUGGGGACGAGAAUAAAGCUCUUACAACUGCCUUUCAGGAACUGAACAUGGUAUAUGAAUCCGUGUGUAAAAUUCAUGACCUCCCUUUGGCUUUGACAUGGGUCUCUUGUUCUUGCAACCAUUUACUGCCAAAACAAUCCCAAUUCUUAGUUCUAAACUAUUGUGAUAAAGCAUAUUGCAACGGAUAUCUUUCUUUUUGGUUGCGUCAGUUCAUACAAUUCAGUGAAGUUUGUCACUUAAGAAAGGGGCAGGUUGCUGGGAGGAUACUUUCAUUUCCUAACUUGUUAUAUUGCUCGGACGUAAAGCAAUUCCACAUAGAUGAGUUCUCACUGGUACCCUUUGCCCGACAUUGCAAAUUAGGUGGUUGGUUCACAAUGUGCUUGCAAAGUAGCUACACUGGAGAUGAAUUAUAUGAACUAGAGUUGUUUUUGCCCAAAAGCACCGAAAACGAUGAGAACAUAUUGACCAAAUUGAGGUUGAUAUUGGGAACAAUGGAGAAAAAUUUCAAAACUUUCAAGCUUGCUUCUGGGCAAGGAUUGGGAGAAGCAUUAUCCGUAGAAGUUAUCGACUUUCAAUAUGGUCAAAGAAGUCAUUCCAUUCAAAAGAUCCUAGCUACUAGAUUUAUUCCUAGUCUUGAACUCGUACAGGAUGGAGGAGUAAUGUUGCAGCAAGUUCAACAGGAUCAGCCAUCAAUGGAUGCCAUAAAUAAUGGAAUGUAUGUCAUUAGUGAAACACAAAACUACAAUUUUCCUUGUCUUGAUUCCUUUAAGAAUGAAAAAGUGACGACACAACUAGAUUCAUCCGAUCGACAGUCAAUGGAUCCUUCAAACAGGGGACAGAAUGUCGUCAUUGCAGAACGAAACAUCCUUGUUGUUUCUAGUUCAAAAAAAGGUAAAAGAAAGACGCAAGAUAGAAAACAUAAAAAAGCUGGAGUUAGAAUUCAAGUUUCUUUAGAGGAGAUCCUCAAAUGUUCGAACAUGAAGCGUAAAUAUGCUGCGAGGGAACUCAAAGUUAGCAUAUCUACGUUGAAGCGUGUCUGUAGGGAUUUUGGCAUCCAUAGGUGGCCCCCUCGCAACAUAAAAAAGGCCCGGUCCUUGCCUGUUGAGAACUUGGGGCAAACCCCACAACUUAAUUGUGAUUUGCCUUCAAAUCAAGCCUCAACUAGUGUUGCUCACAUAAAGCCAUCAUUCCAAGUUGCGAAUAUGGUGACAAUUAGGGCAACAUGUGAAAAAAAUACGAUAAAGUUUCGGCUAUCUUUGUCGUCAAGAUUAGUAGAGAUGCAGCAAGAAGUGGCUAAAAGGUUGAACCUCGAGGGUGGAACUUACUAUAUCAAGUAUAAAGAUGAGGAAGAUGUGUUAAUUUUAAUAGCUUGCGACGAGGAUUUACAAGAUUGUUUGCACACUUCUAGAUCUCUGGGCAUAAGUUCGAUUGCGGUACAGCUUGAGCUAAAGUAGCCAAUCACCAACUUACCUCUUGUAAGUAUCUGAUGGUAGUGCUGCGGCUGCUGCCGUAAAGAUCUGCACUUGAUGUCGUUUUUUUCUUCUUCUUGCGGUUGUUCAAUUAAUCAUGAUGAUGUGAGGAAGUAAUGCUUUCUUUUUUCAGCCA